ACUACUGGGUUUCCUGGCGUCUGAGAAAACCGGUCGGUCAAUAAAGACAGUGAAUCACAUUAUCAAGCUACCAAGAAUAUUAUCAAACGAGUCGUCUUGGAGAAUUUACAAGUUGCUUUCAGUGUGAAGCCAGCUUCUCCGAUCGAAAAAUGUACGCAACGGGAAUAGUGAUUUUUGUAACUUUUAUUCUAUUCUGUGCGCGAUUCAGUGAUAGUGUCCAUGAUAGGAAUCCAGUGCCAUUUUCGAAGUUAGCAACAUGUCAGGAGUUUGAUAUAGAUUCGCAUAAGUGUCUGCACUUUUUCCCCCUAGAAACGAUCAAAAACUACCAGACGAAAGAAUAUAAGCUCCAUUUGAAGUUCUAUGUAAUGGCUACCAAUGAUGCAAACAUUGUGCUUACUAAUGGAUAUGGCGAAGGAACUGUUCGGUAUACAGCGGUGAUUGCAGGCGGAGGGAAUACGUAUUCCUGGCUAAGAAACACAAGUGACACGACAUUGGGAUUGGAGAGUCAUCUAACUGACAUUCUCUCCCCACUUUGGCCCACGCCUAUUGUAGUUCGACAAAAAACAAAUGGACUUUUGGAUGUUUCAAUCCCCGGUGUAGCAGAACCUCUCCUGCUGGCCGAUGCGUCCGACUUAACGGAAGUUAAAUCCUUUUGCCUUUAUGCAUGGAGAAACAAAAGUAGAUGGUUCUAUAACUGCACUGAAUCAGAAGAUAUUCUUCUGGACAAAAAUACGGAUUGCAACAGCAGGCGAGGACAAUGCCAGUUAUUUGUCGGAUUUGAAAAUUGAAUCUAGAGAGAACAUGAAAUAUCAAAUUAUAUUUAGAAUUAAAAGACUAUUUUUCCUGUCAA